AUGGCGCACGAUCGGGCAGCAGCUCCUUCCAUUGUUGGGUCUGAAACGUGGGAUAUCUGCACACCUUCCGCAUCUUCCGAGAAUACCACAAAGAACGCUUUAGGUAUCGAAAUGCCACAAUCUUCUUCCAUCCCGUGGCCCGGGCGAACCUUCAUCAUUCGAUCUCAUAAAACGGGGCAAGUCAUCACGUUCUUGGACGGCGAAGUCGUGAUGGACAAACCAGGAGGCCUUGGUACUUUCAAGUGGCGAUGCGUCGAGGAGAAAGGAUGGAUGGGGUUCAAGGACCCGGCCUCUGCGCAAUAUCUUGGUUAUCAUGAACAUGGACUUCUGUUCUGUAAAACCCCUCAUCAUCGAAACAACGAAUACCUAUGCCCCCGAAUGCGCCCAGAAGGUGGAUUGGUUCUACUAGUACGUCAGGGUGACCAUCUUCGCCCCUAG